AGGCGGGGCGGAGGAAGGGGUGCGGUCGGUGCAGCGGGCGCCUCCGCUGGCCCGCGGGGAACCAGCUUCGGAGCAGCAGCGCGGGACGCACACCUGGCUCGCCGUUCUCCGCGCCCGGGCCGCUUCCCGAAUUCCAUUCCCUGGAUGUGAAUCAUUCUCCUGGCAUUUGGCAUCGAAGGCAGCAGGUUAGUGUGAUCUGAACUCAAGGCAAAAGUGGGAUAGCAUGGCAUCUCUCUGGGUGGGACACCGUGGGACAGUGCAUGAUUAUCCAGGCUUUAGCCCAUCAGUGGAUGCUGAAGCGAUUCGAAAGGCAAUCCGAGGAAUUGGAACUGAUGAGAAAACGCUUAUCAGCAUUCUGACUGAGAGGUCGAAUGCACAGCGGCAGCUGAUUGUUAAGGAAUAUCAAGCAGCAUAUGAAAAGAAACUGAAAGAUGACCUGAAGAGUGAUCUCUCUGGCCACUUCGAGCAUCUCAUGGUGGCCCUCGUGACUCCUCCGGCAGUGUUUGAUGCGAAGCAGCUGAAGAAAUCCAUGAAGGGCGCUGGGACAGAUGAAGAUGCAUUGAUUGAAAUCUUAACCACCAGGACAAGCAGGCAGAUGAAGGAGAUCUCUCAAGCCUACUACACAGUAUAUAAGAAGAGUCUUGGAGAUGAUAUCAGCUCUGAAACAUCUGGUGACUUCCGGAAAGCUCUGUUGACUUUGGCAGACGGCAGAAGAGAUGAAAGUCUGAAAGUGGAUGAGCAGCUGGCCAAAAAGGAUGCCCAGAUUCUCUAUAACGCUGGCGAGAAGAAGUGGGGCACCGACGAAGAUAAGUUCACAGAGAUCCUGUGUCUAAGGAGCUUUCCCCAGCUAAAACGAACGUUUGAUGAAUACAGAAAUAUUAGCCAGAAGGACAUUGAGGACAGCAUAAAAGGAGAACUAUCUGGACAUUUUGAAGACCUACUGCUGGCCAUCGUUCAUUGUGCAAGGAACAUACCUGCCUUUUUAGCUGAAAGACUGCAUCGCGCUUUGAAGGGUGCUGGAACCGAUGAGUUUACUCUGAACCGAAUAAUGGUUUCCAGAUCAGAAAUUGACCUUUUGGACAUUCGAGCAGAGUUUAAGAAGCGUUGUGGCUAUUCUCUCUAUUCAGCAAUUAAAUCGGAUACUUCUGGAGACUAUGAAGCCACACUCUUAAAGCUCUGUGGAGGAGAUGACUGAGUCACGAACAUCGUCUGCAAAGGUUGCCUGCUCCCACGAUGGGCUUUUCCAACAGCUCUGCUUACUUGUUUCUCAAGUGUUUAAAAGUACAAGCAAGUAUAAACAGCAGCCUGUUUUCCUAACAAAUCUUCAUUGUUCCAUAACAACAAUGACACAAUUAUUUUAGAGCAUCUCAUCCUAAUGUAGCAGUUUAUUAAUGAAAAUUUAAAAUGAUGUGAAGAAUCCCCUAAUACUAUCUAAAAUUAUAUUUCUGCUUAGGAAGUGAGAAUCUUUGUACAGUUCUAAAAUAUCAAAUGCAAAGCAGGGUAAUAAAAAUUGUUGCCUUUGUUAAA